GAAGCGCGGAAGGAACCGCCGGGGGCCAUGGACGGGGCUGUGAUGGAAGGGCCGCUCUUUUUGCAAAGUCAGCGUUUCGGUACCAAGAGAUGGAGGAAGACCUGGGCGGUGCUCUACCCUGCCAGUCCCCACGGCGUAGCGCGGCUCGAGUUCUUUGACCACAAGGGGUCGGGCGCUGGAGGGGGCCGAGGGGGCUCGCGCCGCCUGGACUGCAAGGUGAUCCGUCUGGCAGAAUGUGUGAGCGUGGCCCCAGUGGCUGUGGAGAGCCCACCUGAGCCCGGCGCUUCAGCUUUCCGCCUGGACACUGCGCAGCGCUCCCACCUGCUGGCGGCCGACGCGCCGUCCAGCGCCGCUUGGGUGCAAACACUGUGCCGAAACGCCUUUCCGAAAGGCAGUUGGGCUCUGGCGCCUGCUGAGAACCCACCCAAGCUUUCUGCCUUGGAGAUGCUGGAGAACUCGCUGUAUAGCCCCACCUGGGAAGGAUCCCAGUUCUGGGUAACCGUGCAGAGGACUGAAGCCGCUGAGCGCUGUGGCCUGCAUGGCUCCUAUGUGCUGAGGGUGGAGGCUGAGAAGCUGACUCUCCUAACCGUAGGCGCCCAGAGUCAGAUACUGGAGCCACUCCUUUCCUGGCCUUACACUCUGUUGCGCCGCUAUGGCCGGGACAAGGUCAUGUUCUCUUUUGAGGCUGGCCGCCGCUGCCCUUCAGGCCCUGGAACCUUCACCUUCCAGACAGCACAGGGGAAUGACAUCUUUCAGGCGGUUGAGACAGCUAUUCACCGGCAGAAGGUCCAGGGAAAGGAUGGUCAAGGGCAGGACAGUCUCAGAGCUGAUUCCCAUGAAGGAGAGGCCGCAGAGGGGAAGUUGGCAUCCCUCCCUGGCCCUCAGGAACUCCUGGGCACUCCUCCGGCUCUGUAUGCUGAACCCUUAGACUCACUGCGCAUUCCUCCAGGCCCUUCCCAGGAUUCCCUAUACUCAGACCCCCUGGACAGCACCUCUGCACGAGCAGGAGAGGGGGCACAGUUAAAGAAACCUCUUUACUGGGACUUGUACCAGCAUGUGCAGCAGCAGUUGCUGAAGGCCAAGCUGACAGAACCCAAAGAGGACCCCAUCUAUGAUGAACCUGAGGGCCUGGCCCCAGCUGCUCUCCGGGAGCUGUAUGAUCUGCCCCAGGAGCCCAAGGAUGCGUGGUGGUGCCAGGCUCGGGUGAAGGAGGAGGGCUACGAGCUCCCUUACAACCCUGCCACUGAUGACUAUGAAGUGCCACCUCCGCGGAGCACAAAGCCCCUCCCAGCUCCCAAGCCCCGGGGCCUGGCAGCUGGCGGUGGUGCUGGCGGUGCUGGCGGUGGUGGUGGCAGAGGCCACAGCUCAGACACUGCCCUGUACAGCCAGGUCCAGAAGAGUGGUGGCGCCCCGGGGAGCUGGGACUGUGGACUGGCCGGGGCAGGGGCUGAUGGGACCAGGGCCAAGGCAGAGAGCUCCACAUGAGAGGGUGAAACUUGGGAUACUGUGGAAGGACCAUGGGGAGGUGGCACUGGGGAUCAAAGACACCUGUUAGAACCUGCAGGGACCAGAGGUCCUGUGUGAGCCAGCCCAGGGCACCAGGGGGAUCAGGGGAGUCAAGGGGAGGAUGGUCAAUCUCAAGAAGUCCUGGAAGUGGGACAGAUGGCAGGGGUGAGGGAUAGGACUUAGGGGAGACCAGUACCCCUAAGUCAUUCUCCUGAAAGGAAUGGACAGCGGCUGGACCAGAUCUAUGAAGAGGGGUGCUUGCUCUGAGUUGGUGCAGUCACAGUGGCCUGCAUGGAGGCUACAGGGAGCUGCAGAACUGUGCCUGGAUCCUGACCCCUGCAUUGUUCUUUGCCAGAGACAUAGAUUUUAAAAAGUUUAUUCUCAUUAAAGCCAGUUUGAAUUUAA